CGCAGGCGCGUUGGGUCCCGAUCGCUAUGCGGGUGCUAGUGGGUGGUGGGACGGGCUUCAUUGGGACAGCCCUAACCGGGCUGCUGAAAGCUAGGGGCCACGAGGUGACGCUGGUGUCCCGGCGGCCGGGGCCCGCUCGGAUCACGUGGGAGGACCUCGCCAAAUCGGAGCUGCCGAGCUGCGAUGCCGUGGUCAACCUGGCCGGAGAGAACAUCCUCAACCCUCUCCGAAGGUGGAAUGAAGCCUUCCAAAAAGAGGUUCUCAGCAGCCGCCUGGAGACCACCGAAAUGCUGGCAAAAGCCAUCAGCAGGGCCCCACAACCACCUCAGGCCUGGGUCGUAGUCACAGGUGUAGCGUACUACCAGCCCAGCUUGACAGCAGAGUAUGAUGAGAACAGCCCAGGAGGAGAUUUUGAUUUUUUCUCCAACCUUGUGACCAGAUGGGAAGCUGCAGCCAGGCUUCCUGGAGAUGCUACACGCCAGGUGGUGGUACGCUCAGGAGUUGUGCUGGGCCCUGGAGGUGGUGCCAUCGGCCAUAUGCUGCUGCCCUUCCGGCUGGGCCUGGGCGGCCCCAUCGGCUCAGGCCACCAGUUCUUUCCCUGGAUUCACAUCAGGGACCUGGCAGGAAUCCUGACCCAUGCCCUUGAAGCAAACCACGUGCAGGGGGUCCUCAACGGGGUGGCUCCGGCCUCCACCACUACCAAUGCUGAGUUUGCCCAAGCCUUGGGUGCUGCCCUGGGCCGCCCAGCCGUCAUCCCUGUCCCCAGCACUGUGGUACAAGCUGUCUUUGGGCGAGAACGUGCCAUCAUGCUGCUGGAGGGCCAGAAGGUGGUCCCCCGGCGGACAUUGGCCACUGGCUACCAGUAUUCCUUCCCAGAGCUGGGGGCCGCCUUGAAGGAAGUCGUAGCCUAAGUAGAGAAGCACAUGGCAGGCCUGUCCCCUGCCACAGGCUCCCUGGUUAGACACUGUGAACCACCUCAGGUAGUGCUCUACUUGAGAUCAGAAACUAUCUAGUUCUUCGGGAUUCCUCUCCCCUUCUUCUCCUCCCCGUUGUUCUGUUGCCCCACCUUAUUUAACUGAGAAAUUCUCCAGUCUCAAGGCUGCAUCUCAUCAAGCUGGGACCUUGACCUCUUCAAGUCCCUGUAAAAAAAUUUCCAAGUUUGGUUUCUCUGUGUCCCAUUGUUGCCCCAGUUCUCCUUUGUGCUGUGUAGAGUACUCUGCAAUUUUGGCAAUAAAGAUAAAUUACCUA